AUGCCCCUUCUCGUCCAAAGAACGUACAGUUCCUCAAACAAGGAACUGAGAACGGCAGAUCCUGCUCACACCCAAGCCAAGAAAGCAGCUUCAACACAGAGAUCAUCAUUGUUGUUGUCAUUCAAUGAUCAUGUCCAGGUCCAAGAAAUCCCCCAUCGUCUUGAGUUGAGUCAAGAAGUGAUCCAGGCAACUUGGUAUAACCAAGAAGAAUGCCAAGCCAUCAAGAAUGAUGCCGUGCAGGUAAUCAAGAGAAUGAUGCUAAAUACCUUGCAAAAGGAUGAUGACGUCCGAGGACUUGAGCACCGAGCUCCCGAAGCCGCCAAACAACGAAAGCUAAACAAACGCAUCGGGUUCCAGACCGUCUGGGAUACACAAGAAGAACAAUGGGAAGAUGGCAUCACCGAUGAUGAAGUCAUCGCCAUCAAAUACCAAAUGCAAACAUUCAAGAGCCGGGAAGCAGCCCUUGAAGUUGGCCUUCAAGACGAAAAGGAUGCCAAAAGGUUGCUGGCAAAGAAAAGCUUUCUACAAAAGCUAAAACGAUGA